UCGUGCAGAUGGUGUGAGGUGUAGUUCCUGUGUACCCCGUUACACGCGCGUUUGGUGCCACUGUUCGUAGUUAAACAGGGCUCAUAAUUUUAUAAAUAUAAUCAGGUUUGGCAUAGCAGUUUGACGUGCUUGAAGUUGAAUGUGUAAAUUGAAAGUGUUAUGUUUAAGAAGCCCCGUUCUGCAGUGUCGUGACGUGACGUGAUUGAGAUCUGAGAUGUGAUGUAUUGAAUUUGUGGGACGAUUUGUCAAGUUAUUUAUUCACUGUGAGGUCAAUGUCGCAAAUAGAACUGCCUGAAGUGUCGAUUUCAUGAAGCUCACCAACUCAGCACCAUCAUCAUCAUCAUCAUCAGAGGCAGGAGCAGAAGAAGACGAUGAUGAUGGCUGCCGGCACAUCACCACGGCAUCAUCCGGCUACGCAGUUCGACACUGGCAACCCCUUACCUUGGGGCCAGAUGGGCGGUCCGUCACCGACCUGGGGCUGGCAUCACCACGACCACACACGUUGACGUCUUCAGCGAUUGCUUUCACAGCAUGCAACGCCUUAGAACCACUUUCAAACGGUCCCGUACUCCAACAGGAGCUGAGAUGAAGACUCAGAGCAGUUUAGAAGUCCCCAAACAAGUCCGUUCUGCUUCGUUUGAUGAGAUCCAACUGGAAGCUAAACGCAGCCAACAGAAGGCGGCGGAGGAGAGGGACUGCGGGCCAGGGGGAGGAGCCAUCGGGUUCCUUAAGGUUCCUCAGUUCGUGAAUCAACGGUCUAAAAGUUUUGAUUCUGGUGGUAGUGAAGAUUCAGCGGCGAUGUACCUUGAGGUGCCCAGGAGAUUUCAGCGCCGACGUUCCUCUAGCGACAAAUUGCCUGCAGUAUGCUUCCACUGCGCAUGCGUAGAAGAGUACUCGAGACUACAGGCCGUGGCCCACGCUGAGGAAUUGGAAGUAGAUCAAAGCCAGAUGAGGUCAUCAAGUUACAGUGAUACUUCGUCAAGUGACUUUGAUGCUGAUGACGAUAUGGGCUCAAAGGACGGUAGUUUCGACGUCAACGCGCCGAGCACACAGUGCAGCAUAAGAGUGACUCUAUCCCCAAAUUCUCCAAGUUCCCCAUCGCUGGAAGGUUCCACCGGCGAGGAACCAGUUACAGGGACGCCAACUUGCAGACGACGUUCCAUAACAUCGCCAAAAUUAGCAAGACAAGAAGCGGUUUUUGUUGUUGAACCCGGGACUAAUUCGUUAGAAAAUAUAUCUGAUGUAACUUCAGAAGGUAGUGACGCGGUCAGUGGCGGAAGUAUUGGCAGUGGCGUUGAUUGUGGUGUAGGGUUAAUAGUGAGCGAAAUAUAUCUCAAAGUUCCUGAGCUGAAGAGAGAUCGUGCCGCAUCUGUAGACUCUUGCUUUGCCAAAGUGUCUUCCAACAAUAAGACCGAGGAACUGGACCAAGUUUUGACGCUACAAGUCCCGCAGGUUGCACUUCGCUCCCGAUCAGUAGAUAUUGUCUUGCCCACUGAUGAGCAAGCCCGAUAUAAAGCCCUUGCAAUGGCCAACACAUCCCCGUAUGAGCCACCUUCCAAGGGGAAAGCGGUGAGUGCCGAUAUCUCGGAGCAACGAAUCCUCCGUUCGACUCCCGACUGGAGCGAGACAGCUAGCAACAGCGAGCAUCUGUGGGUGCCUACUUCCGCAUCCGGAGAUUUCUGCUAUGUUGGCGAGAGCGACUGCACGAAGCAUGGGCCCAGGAUGAAGUGCUCAGCCUGCAAGAUCAUUGCACAUACCAGCUGCAUUAAUGUCCUGAUGGAAAGGACAAAAUUUUAUUGUAAGGCAACAUUCAGGGAUGUGGGAGUGCGGCAGUAUCGAGAGCAGACAUGUAUACAUCACCACUGGGUACAUCGACGCUCGCAAAAGGGCAAAUGCAAACAGUGUGGCAAGUCAUUCCAGUCAAAACUUUCCUUCAGUUGCAAGGAGAUUGUUGCGCUGAGUUGCUCCUGGUGUAAGACAGCGUACCAUAACAAGGAGUCAUGCUUCAACCUGCAGAAGAUAGGAGAGGAAUGCAAUCUCGGUCUACACAGUGGAAUCAUAGUGCCUCCCUCAUGGAUUGUGAAACUCCCAAGUAGAGGCAGUUUCAAGUCCAGCUUACGGAAAUCACCAAAAAAGAAAACAUCAAGUAAAAAAAGGAGCAAAGAAAAAAAUGAGAAGGAUCAAAAGACUUUUGUGAUAAAGCCAAUCCCGUCAGCAAGUGUGAAACCUGUGCUUGUGUUCAUCAACCCCAAGUCCGGGGGAAAUCAGGGAGCAAAAUUGUUACAGAAAUUUCAGUGGCUUCUCAACCCGAGACAAGUGUUUGAUCUUACGCAAGGAGGACCAAGAAUGGGUCUGGAGUUGUUCCGUAAGGUGCCCAACCUGAGGGUGCUGGCCUGUGGAGGUGAUGGCACAGUGGGUUGGGUGCUGUCAGUUUUGGAUCAGAUUGGUAUCACUCCUGCACCUGCAGUUGGAGUGCUUCCCCUGGGGACAGGGAAUGACCUGGCACGAUCGCUAGGCUGGGGUGGUGGUUAUACAGAUGAGCCAAUUUCCAAAAUCCUAUCAAAUAUUGGGGAGAGUGAUAUUGUACAGCUGGACCGCUGGGAACUCAAGGUGGAAAAGAACCCAGACGCUGGAGCUAACGAAGAAGGGAAAGAAAACUUGCCGCUCAGUGUUGUCAAUAAUUAUUUCUCACUUGGUGUCGACGCCCACAUAGCACUGGAAUUCCAUGAAGCGAGAGAGGCCCAUCCUGAGCGAUUCAAUUCUCGACUGAGGAACAAGAUGUUCUAUGGGCAAGCAGGAGGCAAAGAUCUGCUCAGACGAAAGUGGAAAGGUCUUGCAGAGUUUGUCACGUUGGAGUGUGACGGCAAGGACAUGACACCAAAACUGAAGGACCAUAAGGUCCAUGCUAUAGUGUUCCUUAACAUUCCAAGUUAUGGGGGUGGAACCCACCCCUGGAAUCGGACUGCGGGUGGCAUUGAGCCCGCAACUGAUGAUGGGCUCAUUGAGGUUGUCGGACUCACCACCUAUCAGCUUCCGCUGUUGCAAGCUGGCGGCCAUGGUACCUGCAUCACCCAGUGCAGAUCUGCACGUAUUAUCACCACAAAGACCAUUCCCAUGCAGGUGGAUGGCGAGGCCUGCAAACUUACGCCUUCCAUCAUCUCCAUGACCCUUCUCAAUAAGGCCUCCAUGUUAGCCAAGAGAAAGGGAGGAAAGACCAAUAUACAGCAAACUGCUUUGGAAACACUGAAAGUGAAUGUGGAUCGAAUCAAUAUGUCUGAUUAUGAACAGCAUCACUAUGACAAGGAAUUACUCAAACAAGCAGCUAUGCCUCUGUUGGUGAUAGAAGUAAACCCCGUGUCAGACUUGGAGCAAGUGAGGAAGCUUAUCAACAAGCAACUGGAAGAGAACAGCAGUAGUACUGCAGAAAACGAAUUGCAGACUAGCCUCUCGCCAGACUGGUGCUUUGUAGACUCAUGUACGGCAGAACGGUUCUUCAGGGUUGAUCGAGCUCAGGAGCACCUUCACUACGUGAUGGACAUCGCAAGCGAUCGCCUGUUCAUUCUGGAUACGGAGCCCUCCACAUUGCCUCAAACUCCAGAAGAUGAGACUGCUUUUCCAUCUCCAGCAGCCAGCAACAAGCAGUCUAAUAGUCUGCUUGGAGAAGAAACCACCCCUGAGCUCAGUGAUGAAACAUCACGCGAAGAUGAUGGCAAAUGGAACAGCGAUGGGAAGGUUAGUGAAAAAUCAAAUACAACACCCGAUAUUCGGCUCGCUGAUAAUGAUGCUCAGAUAUGGAGAGACCAAGCAUUGAGGGAGUCUCAGGCAGCCGUGACAAGCACACCACUGCAGACCACUGAAGAUCAGGUUAUCAGAAACGAAGAAGAAGAUGACAACGAUGAAAAGUUUAAUCUUGAUUGCCCUUCCACUGGGGGGAAUAUAAAUUACCUUAGCCAUCUAUUGGAAAAGACAACAGAUGGAAUUCUCAAGGCUGCUAAAUUAGGUGAUUUGAAGAUGCUGAAGGAGCUCCAUUCUCAGGGUUUCUCACUGCUGUCCAUUGAUGCAACGGGUCAGACAGCACUCCAUUAUGGUUCGCGUUACGGCCACAAGGAUAUCGUCAAAUAUCUGAUCGCCUCUGCACCUGCUUCCAUUCUUAACAUGGCAGACAAUGACAGGGGGCAGACUGCCCUGCAUAAGGCAGCAGCGAACAAGAGGAGAAGCAUCUGCUGUAUGUUGGUGGCGGGAGGUGCUUCUCUCACCCUUCCUGAUCAUCAGGGGAACACACCUCGCCUUCUUGCGCUCCAAGCUGAGGAUCAUGAGUUAGCAGCCUACCUCGAGAGUCAAGAACACUUCCAGUUGGUGUCUGAAGACUUGGAGACUGUUGUCUGAAAUUUACAAAAACAGUACUGGACCAAUGUACCUUCAUUUUUUCUACUUUUAAUGGAAAGGACUCUGACAGAAAGUAAAGGACCAAUCAUGUAUUAUUAGAGAAACUGAAUGAGCAGAUUGAUCAAGAUGUUGAUGUAUUCAGCAUUAGAUUCUGCCUCUUAAAUACAUCAGUUGUAAGUCCAAUAAUGGUUUCUUGCACAUAAGUGUGAGGCUCAUGGUAAAUGCUUUAAUAGUUCAGAGUGCCUGUCUAUGCAGCCAUAUUGAGUGUUGAAAUGUGGAUAUGGCUGUGCUUCAUUAUACCGAAUUAUUGCUGCAUUAUUGAGAUGACUGUGUCACUCAUACAUAAUAAGGAACAAUGGAUUUAAAACCCACAGUAAGGAUAAGAAUCCUGCAUUCAUUUCUGAGCUUUGGAGAAUCUGUUCCCCGCCCUUGUCCAAUACAAAAAUAACAGUAUUUCUAGUGUAAGCUGAAAUGCCAGAUUAUGCUCAUAUUGAAUGUUUACUAUGCAUUGCAACAUUGUGAUGCUCACCAUGUCUUUUGAUACUUUAAUCCUUGAUAGUUAAGCAACACCACACAACUACCUGCAGGAAAUGAGAAGACUGCUUGGGGGUAAGUGCACUUGCACUUAAAAGACCUACAGUACAUUCUUAAUGACCUUCAAGAAGCAGCAGGCAUAGAUCAUGUGGAAGCCUGUUCUCUCCUGUUACACUGUUCUCUCCUGUUACACUUAUGCCAUCUCUUGACAUAAAUGCUGUAUUAAUUGACUUCCAGUGAACUGAUCUGAUCAACUCAUGGUGUGCAAAAGGUUAAAGAGAAUGUUUCUUUCCCCACUGUGAACAACUUUGCUGUAAAUGUUUAUACAUUCUUUUUUGUAUCAGUCAUUCAUUCACAAGCUUGACAGAAGUACAAACUGCAAGGUGAUGGCCAGUAGAAGAAGUUCAGGAGAGUGACUUAGCAGAGGGGGAAGAGAUUCUUCCAGAAGUCAGAAGUGGAGCCUCCACUUGUUUUACAAGAUUUUAGAUCCAUUGCCUAUGCUGUAGAAUUGAAACUCUGUAGCUGUGGUGUUGCAUCUGGGAUGUCUCCAAGAAAGUUUGUAACUGUGGCCAGUAUAAGUCAUGUCUAUAUUUUUGCCUGACACAUAACAUCAGGUAAAAAAUAUUUUAAUGCAGAAGUGACCAAUAAUCAUGUCCCUUAACACAAAGAGAAACAUGGGAACAAAACAUAGAAAAUAUCACCUAAAAAGGAAAACCACUUAUUUCAGCAAGUUUGUAAACGGUUUAAAUUCAUACUUAUAGUGUUGAAAGAAAUCUCAUUUUAAUUGUGCUGUUGUAGAAAAUUUGGUUCAGUGGGUAGAUUUGAAUAUGUAGGAUUUAAAGUUUUCUUGCCACCGGCAUGCAAUGAAGUCUUCUUGAACGAUAAGUUCUGUGACAGUGGGGUUGUUAUUCUGUGUUUCAAAGACUCACUUUGUCUCCAUAAUCAGACAUGAUUUGGUGAGUGACAACUGUUCGUUAUACUGUCGGUCUCGGAGCAUGAUACAAUUUCCAAAGCAUAGUACGCCAACUCAAUUUUCACGUGGCUGAUUUUUUGAAAGAAUUUCAUUUACAGCUUUGUUACUGUCUGAUUCACUUUGAUGCAGUCAUCGUUAUGAAAAUCAAUUAGUUACAAUUGUAAGAGAUUUGAGGUUCUGAUGACAGUGAUUGUGAGGAUUGUUGUUCUCUGGGAUGUGGUACUGUGUGGUCUGGUAGAUAUUUACUACACUACAUAUUGUCACAUGAUAGAUGACAGAAGUAAUAAAAGGAUUAUAACUAACAUAAAAGGAUGACAGCAUUGAGACAUAGAGAGGUAUUUGAUAACAGGCUGAUGACAGACAGCACACUGUUAUGAUAGUGAGGCAGAAGUCUGCUGACAUUUCUGAGGAACAUAACUACCACCAUCUUUUGGGUGAAAGCAUAAACCAAGCAGCAAACAGAUUAAAGACUUGCUGUUCUUACUCUUUGAAGAUGGAAACAGCAUAUUCCUCUGAAAUGUUGGUAAACAUGGCAUCACAUCCUAUAGGAUAGUACACUUCAUGGUCACCUUCAUGCAAACCUCAAAUCAGACAAGAUUAUACCCAUCCCUCAGUUGAAAAUAUCACUGUAAGCACGCCCCUUCAUCCUUCCCAAUCCCAUUCCCUUAUUAUUGGAAUAAUUUUCUUAAUUGUUUAAUGUUAUUAAUUUACUGUUUUGGCAGGGAAGUGCGGUGGAUUUGAAAUCUGUUUUAUCAGUCCCUCCAUUAUCAUCCCUUCACUCAUGAAGAUGUGUGCCCCGACUAAAUUGCUGCAGUUAGUGUCAUGGAAAAGACAAAGUUUAAAUUACCAAAUGAAGAAGAGACCAUCAUAUUAUAUUAAUGUAUUUAUAUUAAUAAGUAGGUUCUCUAAUGAAACUCUAUACAUGGUGACAAAACAUUGUUUUCAGCAUCAAAAUAAAAUUAUUUUGCUUACAUUCAUAGCUGAAGACACGAAACAAAAUAAAUAUAUAAAUAAUAAUUUUAUGGAUACAAAUAUUUAAUUCAUCAUGAAAUAUAAUUAUACUUUAGAAGUAAAGUAGUUAGUUCUGAAAAUUGAGGUAAGAACCCCUGAACGUUGUAUUGUUCAGUAUUAGUUUCACUAAGUGACAGAGCAUGUUCGGGGAACUCAAAUAGAUAUGUGUAUUGUAAGAUAAUUGCACUUGAAACUGGGAAUUCCCCGUCCCGUUUAGUCCACACAGCACAGUUACUUCAGAAACGUACAUCUUUACAUUAGCAAUAAGGCAAGCUCUAUUUGCUUCAUUUAUAUAUUGUCUUGUCUCAGGCAUCUAAAGUUAAUUUUUGCAGGGAAAGAUUCCAGAGAUUGAGCAAUUAUUCAACCAAGCAGGCUGGCUCAAGUGACAUCACUUCUGACUUACAUUGUCAAGGGAUGCUUGGUUUGUGUCUUGACUGGGACACUAACUAUCCUGACUGAUAUUAUCCUUAAUUUUACCCAGUCCCUCAAAACAAAUUCUAGGAUAUAGUCCUGAAGUAUGCCAUGCCCACUUUCUUUGAAAUCCUUUCCAAUUCAUCAUUUGUUAAUCUUCAUCUCAUUUGACACUAUGUUGUCAGAUUUGCUGACAGCAUCUGUAAAUAAUCCAUAUAAGAAUAAGCUUACAGAAUUUUGUACAGAUAGACCAUUUUUUAUCUUGAGGAUGUUGCCAAACUCUGUAUAAUUGGCACCGUUACUGUUGUACCCUUUCUCUACAAGAAGGGAACAAAUGAAUUUCUGAUUUAAAGCAGCGGAUCCAAAACACACAUACACAGUAUGUGAGGGUGGCCUGAGUAAGGCCUUAAGGCUGUAAAGACCUUGGGAAACAUAUGUCAUCAUUAUAUUCUUCAAUUCACAAAUUCAGAAUUUGAGGUUUUUAACACUAAUUUCUGGAUGAGAGGCAGUGUAAUUUGAUACACACCUACCAAACUGCUUGACAUCACAUUCAGAAUAUUGUGAUCCUAAUUUAGAGAUGGAUUCUAUGUUUAUUUAAUUUGUUUCGUAUAGUUGUAAGAUCUGAACCUUCAGUUGAUUAUAACUGAAUUGGUUAUUUCUAUAAGGGAAGGUAUCCAUGUUUCAGCUAUCAGAAGCAUUUCACUUUCCAGCUAACAGAUUCAGUUAUCCUCAUAACAUGUUUGAUCUUCAUCCUGAAAACAUUACUUUGAACAAUUUUUUAAAGUUAAUUUUUCUUGUGUUUUGUUACAAAUACUAAGCAGAUUGGUUUAGUGGCAACACUCCAGACUUGCAUUUUGGAGGUGCUUGGUUUGAAUGUUACCUGGAAAACAGUUAUCCUGAGGUUUUUCACGGUUUUCCUCAAUCCUUCAAGACCUUGAUUAGGUCACAACAGGCUCCUUCCAGUUCCUUUCCAAUUCAUCCUGCUGUGUGACGCUAUAUGGUUUGAGAUGCUGACAGCACCAUUAAAUAAGCCACAGAGGAAUGUCUGCAAAUUAAUGGUUUGGUAGAUUUUAAUGUCUCCUUGCCACAUCUUUCCAUUAAAAAUUAAGGAUGUAAGACUGUAUUCUUCUGAAAUAUCUUUUAUCUUGCUUUUUUCCACAGGAAGGGCUUAUGGCUAAAUGUAUAAAAAUUGUUUGGUCUGCCCUCAUAUUUGAAGCCUGUCAUUCAUAUAAUUACACCUUUUAUACUUGAUUAUUUUUCUUAUGUUAUAAUAUUUUUUACACUAUAAUAAGCAAUGUUCUAUAACAGCAUUACAUAAACUGUGGUUCCCAUAUCUGUAGAGAUACCAUAGUCGCUUGCCAGGGGACACAAAAGUCCUCAUUUUCAGCAUUAUCAUUGCACUGUUUUCUGUGGGUACUGUUUUUAUUUUGAAUCAAGUCAGAAGAAGCUUGUACAUAUGCCAGAUAUGAAGGUGAUUGCUGUUCAUGUAUAUUAUGACAGCAAUAAAAAUUAAGUUGUGAGUUUUCCAAAUUUUUCUUCUCUCUGGGAUCCAGGCAUCUGUUUACCUGUUUCAGCAAAAUUUGAAAGUUUUAAAACCAUUGUUCUAAAAUACUAACAAGUCUCCAAGCAGGAUGGGUCAGUGGCCAUGAUCUAGACUUGUGUCCAGGAGUUACUCGACCAGAACAUUAGCUAUUGUGAUUGAGGAUUCUUUUUACUUGAGUGGUUUUCCUCAGUCCCUCCAGGCAAAUUGUGGAACAGUACCCUGAUUCAUUGUCCAUCAUUUCAUCCUUCCAUUCAGUACUUACAGAGUAGCUACUGACAGCAUUAUAAAAUAUCCCAUAGAAAUAUUAAUAAAUCCAAUGUUUUCUUUCCAGAACUAUGAGAAAUAAUUUUAAAACUAAUUUCUGUGAAACAGUAAGGAGUCCCUUGAUCUCUGUAAACACAUUGGUCCAAAGUUCUAUCCGGUCGGAUUGGUCAUACUUUUCCCUGAUAAAUAUAUAUACACUCUGUUUUGCUUGCCUGAUUCUCAUUUUUAAAUCAUUAGGAAAUACUUCGCAGUAUCUUUGAUGAUAGAUAUUAUUCUAAUUACAAGAACUGUGAACUAAUUUUCCGGCUGAAAUGGCAUAUAAUGUAUUUAUAUCAUAGUUAGUUUACAUACAGAAUGUACCACUUAAAAUGCAGCCCAAACAACGGUUACAUACUGAGGUACAUGUAUAAAAUCAAAAGCUGUUCUCCCAGUUCGCUGAACUCUCCCAGCUUCCCUCGUGACGCUCCAGUCAACGUCAACCUGAUUGUUGCUGUCUUCAGUUGCCCAGACACUUUGCAGGUGUGAGCAUGGUGUACUCAUGGACAAAAUGUAUGUUCAGUCUUGAACAUUUCAUUGCACCGCAAUUGUUUACUGCCAUUUGUGAAGCCUUAGCAGUGCAUAUCCUGGCAAGGAAAUACGAAAUAAGACAACAUUGAUGUUGCAUGGAAACUUGCAUAUGCUGUUUUAGUUUUGGGGUGCAUUUUAAAUGAUACAGCCUGUAUAAUUCAGUAAUCUUUCAUGAUUGUAGUAUUAGUUUUUGCUGAAUAUGAAGUAGGUGGAUUUUUACCACCUUAAUUGUAGAAAAAUAGUUUGGUAGACUUUAUAUUUUUUGUCAGAGGACAUAACAAAAACUUAUGUAUACAUUCCUGCACACUAGAGUCAAUAUUAUGGAGCAAAAGUUGUGUGCCCCAUUAAAUUUCCCUAUUAGUCUCUAUUUCCUGUAAGGAGAAUGUUAAUGUUCAUGUGUAUAAUGACACCAAAAGCUUUUAAACUUGAAAGAAUAUAUAUUAUCUAUUUUUACCGUUGAAUAUGGAUGUAAUAAUUGUGUACUACUAGAAGUAGAAUCGAUCAUCUUGUUCUAAACAAACUAAUGGCCUUGCACUUACUCCCUUUGAGCAUUAUGUAGGAAAGCUUAUUUCCACAAAGUUUUUUUUUAUUAUUAUUUUCAGGAUCAUCAUAAUGUAUACUUCCUUACUCACAAAAUGUAAGAUACACAUGGGAUUUAACUCAUGUACCUCGUAGUUUCUUUGAAACCUUGUAUUGCCAAAACAGUAUAAAUGGUCCAGAAUACAUUGCAGAUCAAGUUUAACGUUAUUUGCCCAUGGAAUAAUGCAGUGUUUGAGGUCAUUUAUGUGGAUUUUGCUCAUCAUAGUAGGUAGAUACAUAACCACAUACCAGAGCAAAUGUAGAUGAAAGUUCAAUCAGGAUUUCUCAUUUUCUUUCCACUUAAUUGUGAAAAUAGAAUCUGCAUCUGGAACAGUGUGACUUUUAUAUAUAAAUAAGUACAAUAAUGGAUAAGCUCAAAGUGUAAAAAGGUGGAAAGAAAUUGAGACAGUAAUAGAGUUGCAGGACUUUAAACAGAGAAAGAUACCAGACAAAGCUCAAUUGAUUAAAUAUUUAAUUGAAGAAUAUAGUCUUCUGAGUUGUAACAGUGUGCAAUUUAGAGAGAACAUGGCAUUUCAGAGGAACCAACAGAAGCAAGCAGCAAGUUGAGAUAACUCAGCAUCUGCCCCAUCCCCCACUUCCACCACUUCUGCUGGUUUCUUGCUUGUCUUUCUCAGGGUCAGUAUGUUUCCCCAAACCUUGGGGUGCCUUCAAACUACGCUGUGUUACAACCCAGAAGAUAACACACCUCAAAGUCACUGCCAGAGGAGCCCCAAGUUCGGUGAAGAUUUAACUGACUGCAAUGUGUUGAGGACUUAAUGUAAUGUAUUAUUAUUAUUAUUAUUAUUAAUUAUUAUUAUUAUUAUUAUCAUCAGCAUCAUUAUCAUCAUUGUCAUCAUCUGACACAUUUUCAAUGCCUUGUAAGUAUAUGAUCAUUAUUAAAAGUAAUUACUAUAGAUGUAAAUUUACAUGAAUCCUUCACAUAAGAAAGAAAAAGGAUUGUACUACAAGUUGUAAUGUUAAUGUAAAAUGUAGUGUGCAUUGUUCAUGUUAUAAUUUAUUAGAUAUUAUUGUUAUUUUCAAAUGAAUCUCCAUCUGACUGCCUUGAAAACUUUUUUAAAAACUUCCUACUACUCUGUGAACUGUACAUAUGUAGAAGGUAGUGACAUCUGUGCUCAUCUGCUCAAUCUGAACCCUUACUCUUGUGAUAGAAUCUUAUAAUGAAGGAAUGAAUGUCGGAGAGGAAAAGUGACUUAAAAGCGUGUGACUGUUGCAAUAUUUUUGAGAGAUUUGAGUGCACCAAUCUGUGUGUGUGUGCGUGUGUUGGUGGUAUUUUCUUCUGUUCAUAAUGACCAAGUUUGACUACAUAAAUGUUCUAUUAAAGUAUAGGUACUAGUGUCAAUAGACGAAAUCAUGUUACUGAAUCACAGAAAAGGAACGAAGUAUUUAUAAUGAUAGUAAAUAGUAAUAUCCAUAAAUAGGAAGGCUACUGCGGGUAUUUAAUGUUAAUAGUUUUCAUUUGGGUACAAGACAAGAGUGUAAUAGCAUGUCAGCUGUGAAUUAACAUUAUUUUAUAUAGUACCUCUUUUAAGCCUUGAUCACAUCCUUUCAGAUUCAUUCUAAUUCGUCAUUCAUCAGCUGUUCUACCGUUCCAUGCUACAUAGUCUCACUAUUGAAAAUGUGUUAAGUAACUCCCUAAAAGAACAAUAUUUAUUGCAAUGUCAAUUAUUCUUACUAGGCCUUGUUGUUUAAAAUCUAAAAAUAUUUCUGUUCAUAUGAAUGUUGACAUGGGAGAGAAGUGCAUGAAAAUUUUUUAUAGGAAAGCCUAAAGGCCACUAGGAAGAUCUAGGUAUACAUGGAAAGCUAAUAUUAAAGUGGAUAAUACAGAAAUAGAAUGGGAGGGUGUGAACGAGAUUUGUCUGGCUCAAAAUAGGGAGUAGUGAUUCAUGCUCUUGUGAGUACAAUAGUGAACUUCCAUUGAAUGGCUGAGCAACUAUUAGCUCCCCAGAAUGGACUCUGCUCCGUGGAGUUAGCUAUUACUAAUUUUUUUUACAGUUUACAGAUUUUUUGGAAUACGUGCUAGCACUGUGAAAGUUAGCUGACACAUGCUGGACAUUUAGCAUCCUUUGAAUCUUAUUAUUCGAACACAGUGGUUUGGAAACUGGUUUUGUCUUUUUUGUCAGUUAAAAAUAGAUAUCUAUUCAGUUUGGCCUUUUGGAAAAGGUUAGUUUCAGUAGUUGUAGUCAGAGUUUCUUCUUCUUUUUCCUCUCCUUCUCCUCCGCUUAUAAGAUCAUUAACAUUUUAUAUGAGUCCGUGGUCAAAAAGUCUCAGUCUCUUUCCACCACACUCCUCUCUUCUUUCCAUCAUAUAGAACCUGGUUGAACCAUCUUUAUCUUUGUCUUCCUAUAUGGUUCUUUCCUUCAAAUCUUAAUCCUAAUGCCCUAUUCAGUAUGCUUGUCAUUUCCUUUCCCCUUACAUGGCCAAACUAUUGUAAUCGUUUCUCUUCCAACUCAGUUAACAAAUUCUGAACUCCAGCAUCUACAGGAAUUUAAUUUCUAAUUUUAUUCAGUCAUGUUUCCUCCUUAGUACUUUUAAAAAAUUCCAUACUCAUUUCUUGAAUUUUGCUUUUGUUUCUCAUUGUAAGGAUCCAUGUUACAGUGUUAUAUGUGAUUACCGGUUUGAAAUAUUUUGUAUAGAGUGCUGUUAUGGGUUAUUUCUUGUUCCAUAAUGAUUCAUAUACAUUUUGAGAAAAUUUUUAACUAUUUUGUAUUCUUCUGGUGAUCUCCAUGAAUUUUCCUUCCUGAAUUUAUUUCAUUUCCCAAAUCAAUAAAUAUUACCAUCUCUUGAAUAAUUGCAUCAUUAGGGUUUAUUCUGAUGCUUCUGUCUAGGUUAUUGGAAACUGCAUGGUGAUUGUCUUCUCCAUAUCAAUUUUGUCAGUGUUCCAUUAUGAUAAGAUUACAUCUAGUCAAGGUAUAUAAAUUGUAAAUGUCAAACAAUGACUUUACUUCAAAUUAAACCAAAACCUAUGAAGAGAAUUAUGAAAGGUGGCAGAAGCGAGUUCAAAUUUGGUAAUAAUUAUGUAGUAAGCUUACUAAAAGAUUGAAACCCAGUGAUCAUGAAACAUAACCAUGAGCUAAUGAAAAAUGAAAGUAUGAUAAAAUGUCAAUGAAAUUUAACCUAUAAGGCAAACAAAACAUCCUCAUUAUCCCUUUUCCAUUAAGCAUUUCAGACCUAUAAACAGCUGACUAGCAGCUGCUCACUUCUCUGUGGUCAUAUAGACUGAUAUCAUUAUAAAUUAUUGUAGUGUUGUAUUCUGUACCAGGGGUGGAAAUGGCUUUUCAGAACUGAUAGAUGCUCCAGAUCAUAAGAAAAACCCAGGGAAAUGACAAACACAUAUUAAAUCAAAAUUAUUGUAAUGUAGGCUCAUAAGGUGAGAACAGCUUCUUCAGAAUGAAGCACUCUGGAUCAAAGCAGAUGGCAUCAACUCCCAUUUCCAGCCCUGCUAUCUACUGUCUUAAUUAGCAAACACUGAUAUAAUGCAGUAUUAUAAAAGCAGUUGGAAGUCCAGUUAGAAAGUUGUCUCUGUAAUUUGAUUAUCAUCUUGUAGAUAUGUCUCAGAAGAUAAUUAUAAUGUGUUGCAUACUUUAAAACAUACAGCAUGUGUGGCAAAGAUAUAUAAAUGGCCAAAAUGCUAGAACUUUUGGACGAACUUUAGUUAGAGACAAGGUAUAGCUCUUUGCCAUUUCAGUGUUCCCAUACUUCAGGCUUAAGAGUUACCUGAAUGUAUGUUAAAACCAAUGGGUAAGACUUUGUACUGCUGGGUUUCUGGACUUUUGCCUAUCAUCUAGCAUUCUGAACACAGUGGACUUGGUUUGUUGGCUGGGUUUCUUACAUAAAAGUUCCAUCUCCUUUUCCAUCAUAGUUUCAGGUGUGUCCAUACUUGCUUUAUCACAGUUUUUAUUGUACAGUUUAUCUGUUGUCUCCCAUUGAGAAAACCUGGCCUCAGGUAUUUACAUAGCUGUAGUUAUACUGACAUAUAUUGUCCAGUGAUUGAGGUUAGCUCUUUUAAAGGGACACCCAACAAAGUAGUUGUCUUCCCCUUCCCUGAGGACAGAAACAGAUUCAGUUACUGAAACACUGUGUUCUCUAGUUUUUAGAAUACUGGAUGAUGGACAAAGUCCAAAAAACCAGCAAUUCAGUGUGUAAUGUUUCUAAAACUAAACAUGUUUCCUUUCUCCAGUGAAAAGGUUUGGACCCUGGUCCAACAACUGAGCUCACCUGUCUGUAACUAAUUGCACUGAGUAGGUGCCUCGCCACUUUUCGUAUGAGAAAUGAAACAGCCAGUUUCAGAAACAUGUUCUGGUCAGAAUACCGGACAGGCAAGGACCAGAAAUGCAUUCGUCCUAAGUGUGGUUUACCAUAAUCAGAGCCAUUUAGAAAUGAACUGGAAAGAUCUGGGAUGUCAAUGAAUUUUUAGCAGAUUUAAUUAUAUAUUUAAAUGGGAAUGAAGCUCCCAGAAUGGCAGUACGAAUGUGAAAUUGUUUAUCAAUUCUAAUCUACUCAUGUGUGUAUUGUUUUCAAAAGUAUCAGUAAGGAUGUUAAAUUAGAAUUCCUACUGCCAUGCAAUGUACCAUAUUAAGCACAGUAUGCACACUUAAAAUACUGAAAUAUACAUAGUAAUUAAAUUCUCUUUAUCUGCUUUUAGAGAUUAGUUGACAAUUCUGAACCAUCAUGUAUGGAAGUAUGAACUUUAAAAUUUGAUUAGUAUGAAAAUACAGGAUGCUGUAUGAGUUUUUUUACAUAAUCUGAUAAUAAGAGUAAGUACUGCUUAAGAUUUGAGGUUUUUAUGGCUAUGAAGAUUACAGUCUUCUGGGAUGUGACAUCAUAUACCCUGUAGAUGAAAGCAGGAACUUACUGUGAAACAUGUGUAAUAAACUACUUAACUGCAUAGCAUCAUGUCACAGAACACAGUAGUCUUCAAAAUCAAGCAUAUUCUUCUCGCCAACCAGAUAUUAGCUACUGAUUGGUUCUUUCUUUGUACCAGGGGUGGAAAUGGAUUUUCGGAACUACAGGGAUGCUAAUGUUUGGAACUAGAUAGACACUGCAUUUCAGUAGAAAAGCCUGGGAGAAUUACCAACACCUACUAACAGAAAUUAUUGUAAUGUAGGCUCAUGAAUUUGUUCCUACAUAUAUCGUUUGAAAUUAGAGUUAGGGUGUCUAAAGGUGCUGGAAAUAGUUUCCUCAAAAUGAAGCUUUUUGAAACUAAGUGGACUGUGGCUAUCCCAAUUUCCAGCCCUGCUUUGCACCUUUGGUCAUCAAAUGUUUCAUGACUCAGUAAUAAUACUUACUAACCUUCUAAAUCAAAUACGAAUAUGUGAUUUGCAAAGAAUGAAGGAGAAAUGACUCCAGCAGAAAUGAAAUUUGUCAUUGAUAUGAUAUAAAUAAGCAGUUAAACACUCAGCUACCUUUAAACCUGCAGCUGAAACAGAGUCAGUUAAAAGUGUGAAUUGUUUUAUACGCUUUCACUUACGUUUGAAAUGUAUUUAAUAUCUCUUGUCUAUAUUUCCAUCUCUUAAUACCUUGAAUACAGCAAUAAAUUAAUAAUUAAGG